AUGCAUGAACUCAUAUUUGCUUUGGUUGGCCUGUUCGCUAUCACAGGCGCCAGUCCCAUGCCCCUCCAAGAGUCUUCAGCCCUUGCCCAACGUGAUGUCCUCCAGAGGCUGCCCGAAAGCGCCAACUCUCUAGAACUUACCCUUCAACCUCUUCUCGACUACGACAGUGACGGAUGUUACAACACUGCUGCCAUCGACCCCUCAGGCCGAACCAACCCAGGCAAAGGCGCAACUGGUACACCUCAAGGCCAGUGUAGAGAUCGUGCGCAGCUCGAGAAUAGCAAUGCAUACUCUCGUAAGAGAUGUAACAACGGCUACUGUGCUGUCAUGUACGAAUACUAUUUCGAAAAAGACCAAGCUGUCGGCGGUAGCUUUCUCGGUGGCCAUCGUCAUGACUGGGAGAACAUUGUCGUCUUUUCGCAGGGUAGCAAGGUUGUUCGAGUUGCACCCUCUUGCCAUGGCAAAUAUAAUAAUGCCAAAAACUCAUUUCCGUUGAAUGAUAAGCACCCUCUUAUGGUCUACCAUAAAGAUGGUGCCGGCACUCAUUGUUUUCGAUUCGCCAAUGACAAUGAUAUUGCGCAUCCUGAAAACCCAUUUGGAGUCUUCUAUCACAGCCCUCUUGUAGGUUGGGAUAAUUGGCCGAGCAUUAAUCUUCGAAACACAAUGCUCAACGCUUGGAAGGGCGGCGUUGGUCCUAAGCUCGAUGACGAAUUUGGCGAUUCAUUGAAGAACGCUGCUGGAAAUGCUCUCCCGGGCUUUGAUCCCUACACCGAUUCUUAG